CGGGAUGCCUCGCCGCCUCUGGCUGGGCCUGGCCUGGCUGCUGCUGGCGCGGGCACCGGGCGCUCCGGGCGGAUACCCGCAUCUGGAGGGCGACGUGCGCUGGCGCCGCCUCUUCUCCUCCACCCACUUUUUCCUGCGUGUGGAUCCUGGUGGUCGGGUGCAGGGGACGCGUUGGCGGCACGGCCAGGACAGUAUUGUUGAGAUCCGUUCUGUCCGUGUGGGCACUGUGGUGAUCAAAGCUGUGUACUCAGGCUUCUAUGUGGCCAUGAAUCGCAGGGGCCGCCUCUAUGGCUCGCGGGUCUACUCUGCGGACUGUAGGUUCCAGGAGCGCAUCGAGGAGAACGGCUACAACACUUACGCCUCACGACGGUGGAGGCACCACGGCCGACCCAUGUUCUUGGCACUUGACAGCCAAGGCAUUCCCAGGCAAGGCAGACGGACUCGACGGCACCAACUGUCCACACACUUCCUGCCAGUACUGGUCUCGUCUUGAAGGGCCUGCCGAAGGUUCAGGAGGCAUGGGCGGUACACAGGGCCUGCAAGAUCUGGAGCUGAGCAGCAAAGGGCCAGACCAGAGAUCCUGGGCCCACACAUGUCUUUCUUUAUGUCACAAGCUGGGUGCCUGUUGGCUGCCAGGCAUGGAGACAUGGCGGGGUCCCUGCAGCUGAGGCCAACGCUCAGGGGGAUUCACAGACUGGCAGUUUCCAUCCAUUUAGUUUGGAGGUGAGCACAGCAGAGAGGCUUGGAGGUGGGGACACAUCAGGUGGAUGAGGAAAGUAAAGACAGGGAGGACCAGGGAGGGUGGACAUGUGGAGGGCAGGGCCCAGGUCAGCGGGAACAGACAUAUUAGCCCAUGUGGCCAGAGUAGGGGACUUAAGUUAAGAGCACAUCUUGCUCUUCCAAGGGGCCUGAGUUUAGUUCUCCCACAUCGGGCCGCUCAUAACCCCUCUACCCCCCAUCCCCACCCCAGAGGGUCUGACUCCCUCUUCUGCUCUCUGCAGGCAUCUGUGCUCAUGUGCACCUACUGUGCACCCAUACACA